AUGGUCCUCACUCAACAACAACCUCAAAAUUCAGCUACCCGCGCCAACACCAAUCUAUACAUCAAUCCAAACAUUGACUCCUACACAGUUGACACCGAUGGCCUCAUCUUUUCCGGUCUCGCGGCUACAGAUACCAACCACGUGAAUUCCCCUGAGGAGAACGGUGCCAACAUUAGCUCCGAUAUCCACAUUCAAGACCCGAUUGUCGAUGCUAGUCCUGAAAAACGCCUUGAAAUCCUGCCAGAAGACAUCAUGGAGGAAAUUGUUGGAAUGGACCUCGAUGCUUUACGCAAACAAGAAGCACUUCACGCGAAGAUCAAGCGACUCCCAGCAUACCUCAAGCCAGACCUGGAUAGUCUGUACAAUGAGUUCAAAUGUCAACUGCUCAUUUUUGCAAUCAAAAAUCAAAUCCACGCGUCAUUGUUUUACGUCUACCUUGGGCAGCUCAAUCAAAUGCGUGGGCCAACCAGUUACAACAACUUCUGCUGUUUUGAUACCUUGGCAAGAGAAAUAUUUGCUCAAAAGAUUCUCCCCCUGAAAGAAAGGUGCAAGAAUGUUGGAAAACUGUGGAAGACAUUUGACGACGAGAUAAAAGCAAAGUACAAAGAUCCGGACUACCUUGAAACUAUUCGUGGCGAUAUGAACGAGCUUUCUGGUUGCCAUAAAAUCCAAGGAUUCAUGGUCAUCGCAUCGGGCCGCUCGUCUGGCGACCUGUUCAUCCAAGGUGGCACAAAGCUUGGGCAAGAAUACCUUGACAUGCUUAGGCAGGGUGGGGAUCCAGUCGGAAAGUUCCAUACAUUGGCUGCUGGGAUGGCAGUCCGCAAAGAAAUCUUAAUUGGAACUCUAACAAGGACUGAUGUUGAAGAAACUGAUAAAACCCCAAGCAGCCAAUCCCAACUCAACUUGCAAGCCAACCUCGGUGCAGGUAAAGAUUCCUGUGACGCAGGCAAAAAAAAGUAUGCUCAAUAUUGCCAAGGCACCCUCAAGAAAAAUAAAAAAGAGAUAAGCGUUCAAAUGCUGGACCUCCUCAAUGCAGCGGGUGGCAAACACUUUUCUGCAUGGCCCGGAAAGAACGCUAUCAGUACCCUGCGUGAUGCCAAGAUUCAGAUGAAGAUCAAACGAAAUAGCGAGGACUUUCAUGCUAACAAGGCUCUUACCGAAGGAUGGAUUUCUCUGAAAUACAGAGGUGGAGACAGUGAACUCAGUGACCUUGAUGAUCGUGAAUCCAACACCAAUCAGAAGGAUGUUGAUGAUGGAAAUUGA